AUGGAGUUUUGUGUUCCAUUGUAUGAAGCAGCAAUUACCGGUGAUUGGGAAGCUGCAAAGCUCAUCCUUGACAAACGUCUGCAGGUGGUACAAUUUGUUAUCACUCCAUAUGCUGCAAAAGGACAUGUUCAUAUGUUUGAGGUAAUAUUGAAUAAGCACAAAGAGAUAUUGAGCAUACUCCCUGAUGAAACGUUGGGCACACUCAAUUCAAGUGCUUUAGGUGGAAAUCAUGGCAUGACGUUGCAUUUCUAUAAUGUUCUUGAGAAGACGCCCCUUUUGGAGAUAGAGAAGAUGGUGGUGCCUUCAUUCAGAAAUUCAAUGAACGAUGAUGGUGAAACACCCUUAAGAUAUUCUCAGAGAAUAACAAAGAGAGUUUUCAAAGGCUUGAAAUUGACAAAAGAUUGCAUGGUGGUUGCCACCCUUAUAAUCACUGUGGCCUUUGCAGUUGCUUACACAGUUCCUGGUGGCUACAACCAAGAGACUGGAAUUCCUAUCUUUCAUCAUGACCCUAGUUUCUUGGUUUUCAUAAUAGCAGAUGCAUUUUCCUUAUUUACUUCAUCAACUUCACUCCUGGUGUUCUUGUCUAUCCUCACAUCUCCUCAUGGUCAACGUGAUUUCUUGUACGCAAUGCCUAGAAAACUAAUGAUAGGUCUAGUCACACUAUUUAUGUCUGUAGUGGGCAUGAUGGUCCGCCAGCUUCUUUGUGCUUUAUGA